CUCCAUUGGAUUCUGUCCCAGUCAAUCAAGCUGGGGCGGGGACUUGGGAACGGAUCUUGGCGAUGAUUGGAGAAGAUUGAGGACAGGCCCCCAAGAACAUGCAGUCUUGCGGAAACGUCAGGAUGUGACUUUAGGACCUGAAGGCAGUGACAGAAGAACCAGGAGUAAGACCCUGGGAUCCCCUCCCUUUUGACCUUCCCCAUCUGACCCUGUUAUGUAUGGCACUGCUGUAUCACUGUGGUUGGGUCUGCUUCCUUCCAUGCAGGGGACAGAGGGAACUUCUCUGGCUUGCUCUGUGCUGAGUCAGACUCUGCUGCUCUGAAAUUUAUUUCUGCUUGUGGUUGUGGCGGACCAUGGCUGAUGAGCAGGCCGAAUUUAACCUGAAGUUAGUGCUGGUCAGUUUCAAGCAAUGUCUCAACGAGAAGGAGGAGGUCCUCAUGGACCCUUACAUCACUGGCUGGAAAGGGCUUGUCAGGUUCUCAGCAAUGGGGCUGCUGUGGGCGUUGGCCAUGAAGAUGGCCAUUGAAGAGAUCAACAACUCGUCAGCACUGCUGCCUGGCAUCCACCUAGGCUAUGACCUCUAUGACACGUGCACCCUGCCCAUGGUGACCAUGAAGCCCAGCCUCCUGUUUAUGUCACAAAUUGGGAGCCGGGACAUCGGUGCCUACUGCAACUACACCCGGUACUGGCCCCGCGUGGUGGCAGUCAUCGGCCCCCACUCCUCCGAGCUUGCCCUCAUGACAGGCAAGCUCUUUGGUUUCUUCCUGAUGCCCCAGGUCAGCUACGGGGCCAGCAGUGACCGGCUGAGCAACCGUGAAUUGUUCCCAUCAUUCUUUCGGACCAUCCCUAGUGACCGGGUGCAGCUACAGGCCAUAGUGGACCUGCUGAGUCUGUUUAACUGGAAUUGGGUGGCAGCUGUGGGCAGUGAUGAUGAGUAUGGGCGCCAGGGCCUCAGCAUCUUCUCCACCCUCGCCAACAACCGGAGCAUCUGCAUCGCCCACGAAGGCACCCUGCCGCUGCCCAGGGUCCAGGAAUCCCGGGAUCUGGGCAAGGUGGAGUCUAUCCUGCGGCAGAUUAACCAGAGUAUCGUCCAGGUAGUGGUCCUGUUCUCCUCCGAGGCAGCUGCCCGCAACCUCUUCCAGUACUGCAUCCAAACCAAUGUGUCACCCAAGGUGUGGGUGGCCAGUGAGGCCUGGUUGGCGUCUGAGCAGGUCAUCAGACUGCCUGGCAUCCAAGGGGUGGGCACCAUCCUGGGAUUCCUCCUGCAGAGUUCUCCAUUGCCCGAAUUCAGUGACUAUGUUAACCAGUGCCUGACCCAGGCUGCCAACCAGACCUUCUGUAACACCCUGGGAGAGGCCCCGCCGCAAUCCGACGAUGACGUGGUGGGGCCACAGUGUCCACAGUGUGAUGACAUCAGCCACAAGGACAUCGCAUCUGGACUGGACCAUUACCAGCCUUUUUCUGUCUAUGCUGCCGUGUAUAGUGUGGCUCACGCUCUCCACCUCUCCCUGGGCUGCAAUGCCUCUGGAUGCCCCUCUCAGAACCGCACUCGGCCCUGGGAGCUCGUGAGCAAGAUGUAUGACCUGCGCUUCUCCGCCCGCUCACUCACCCUGCAGUUUGAUAACAGUGGGAAUGUGAACAUGACCUAUGACCUGAAGCUGUGGGUCUGGCACAGUAACACCAAGUUGGAACUCCUUACUGUGGGCUCCUUCCGAGAGGGCCUAGAGCUCAAUCGCUCCCAGAUCCGCUGGCAUGGCCAAGGCAAUGAGGAGCCCGUGUCCAGGUGUUCCCGAGAAUGCGAGGAGGGCCAGGUGAGGAGGGUCAAAGGUUUCCACUCCUGCUGCUAUGACUGUCUGGACUGCAAAGCCGGAACCUACAGACAGAACCGAGAUAACUCGUCCUGCACUGUCUGCGAAUACCACCAGUGGUCUCCUGAUCUCAGCACUCAAUGUUUUCCCCGCACCAUCAAAUUCUUGGCGUGGAGAGAGCCGGUGGUAAUCGCUUUGCUUCUGCUGCUGGUGCUGGCCGUGGGUCUGAGCCUGGUGGCUCUGGGGCUCUUUUGCUACCACUGGGGUUCCCCAGUGGUGCAGGCCUCAGGAGGCAACCUCAGCUGCUUCGGUCUGGGCUGCCUGACCCUCGUAUGCCUCAGUGUCCUCCAGUUCCCAGGCCGGCCCAGCAGGGUCAGCUGCCUGGCUCAGCAGCCCCUCUUCCACCUGCCACUCACUGGCUGCCUCAGCACUCUCUUCCUCAAAUCGGCCGAGAUCUUCCUGGCAUCAGAGUUCCCAGGCCAGGCAGGGCGGCUUCGCAACUGGUUGCACGGGCCCCGGGCCUGGCUGCUGGUGGCUCUGCUGCUGCUCAUGGAGGGGGCACUCUGCACCUGGUACCUGCUCGCUUUCCCCCAGUUCAUGAUGACUGACUGGCAGGCACUGCCCCGCGAGGCCCUCAUGCAUUGCCGGGUCCGCUCCUGGUUCAGCUUUGGCAUGGUGCACACAGUUAACGUGGCGCUGGCCUUCCUCUGUUUCCUGGGCACCUUUAUGGUGCAGAGCCAGGCUGGGCGAUACAAUCUGGCCAGGGGCAUCACCUUCGCCAUGCUGGUGUACUUCAUCACCUGGAUCUCCUUCAUCCCACUCUUUGCCAAUGUGCACAAGCUCUACCAGCCAGCCAUGCAAAUGGCCGCCAUCUUGCUCUGUGCCGUUGGGAUCCUAGCCACUUUCUACCUGCCCAAGUGCUACCUGCUGCUCUGGGAGUCACAUCUCAACUCUCAAGAAUUUUUCCAGAGCUUUCUGGAGCUGGGGCCGUGGGACAGAGGAGAAGACCAGGAAGGGAAGGCAGUCAAGAAAGAGAGCCAGUGAUUUCUGAGGUCUAGGCCCUGGUUGACCCUAAGUCCACAAGGAUUCUGAUCUAAGACCCCAUGAUCCCAACCCCACAGUAACUCACUUUCAGUAAACCUAGGACUAUGGCUCCAGCAGGGCUCCAACUCUACAGUGACUCUAACCUGAGAUCCCCCAUGGUCCCAUAAUGAUCCUGCCUUUGUGAUCCCAACCCCAAUAACACAGGGUCCUGUAGUCCUGACCUCUCCAUUACCUCAAACCUGGCCCCAUGAAACUAGAGUGUCCCCUAAUUCCAGCCUACGGUGACCACUCCCCUCCAAGUUCUGUGCAGUCUCUAAAGCUGGGGUCUAUGAAGUGGUUUAAAAAAAAUUUUUUUUGAUAACUGUAUUUCAAUGCAAUUGGUUUCCUUUUUAAUCCUAUGGAUUGUUUUAUGAAUUUAAAGACAUUCUAAGAAGGGGUCCGUGUUGCAAAAUAGGAAAGAAUCCCUAAUGGGAAGGAAGCCAGCCUUGGCCCUCCACUAAGUCUAGCUCAGGCCAACAAGUGAUCACCCCAAGCUGGACAGCUCCCGGCAAGAAGAAUUGUCCUGCCCAUCGAGUCAUCAACUUGACUUGGCCUACUGUCAGCCCAAAGAUCAAUGGCUAAGUGCUAACUGCCGAGCACUAAGAGAUAUAAAAAAAUGAAGGAGACUCUUGUCCUGCCCUCAGAAAGCUCACAAUCUAUUAGUAAAGGAAAGGUCAAGACACGGGCACAGAGAAAUUUAAUAGGAUUGGAUACAAGAAGUCCCAGUUUUCACAGGUUCAAGGGUGAGGAGAGGAAGAGAUUACUUUUGACUGAUGGGGAGAGGAGGUAUUCAAAUAGGGCAGGCUUCACUGAAGGCUGAGAUGACACAAGAAAGUGGGGCUGAAUCCAGUUUGGCUGGAGUGCAGGGCAGGGGAGAGAUCUGAGGCCCCAGAGACCUAGAAGGGCCAUCACAGAUUAUCUAGUCCAACUUCCUCAUUUGACUGAAACCCAGAGAAGUUGUGACUUGCCCAAGAUCACACAGCUAAUACACCACAAAGGUGCAAUUUGAAUCCAGGUUCUUUGUUGCUAGGUUCAGCCAUCUUUCCACCACAUAGCUCUGGGAAGUCCACCUACAGCCAGGUUUGCUGUAUAUGACUUACCUCCAUGAACACUGAAACUACCACCCCCAGGUCAGCUCCAGGCUCUGCUCUCUCUUUCCUCAUCCCUAUUGGUAGGUAGGAGCUCAGGAAAGACAGGUUCAUCCUGGCAUUGGCCUGAGCCAGACAGAGGCCAAUUAUGGAUCGUCUACUCCAGGAUUAGCCUGACCACCACUUCUACCAUCCUUUUUCCCCUCCCCCAGAAUGGGAAGGGAGGCAAUUGGGAAGUGUGGAGGAAGGAGGAGACCUUAGGUAGCUCAAACCCUUUGGUUCAUGAACAGAAAACCUAGGGUCAGAGAAGGGCCUACCCUAGAUGUAUUUCUGACCUCACACAAGCCUUAGCCCUGAUUUGGGCUGAUGUGAGACAGCAUGGGGAUAAGACAGGAUUGGAAUUUCUUUUUUUUUCUUUUUUUGCUUUUUGGUGAGGCAAUCAGGGUUAAGUGAC